GGGAUGUAGUGAUGUGCACACAGAGUGAAUGAGAUGUAUAGUUGUAAGGAUAGUAAGGAUAGUCAGUCACUCUUAUCGAUCGCAUUAUUGCAGAGCAUUCAGUAAAUGCAAUCCACAGUAGAUAUUAGCGUAACUUAAGAAACAUAGAAAACGCCAACUUAUGGCACUUGUGUUCCACUCCUAACUGACUAACUGUAUAACUGUAUACCAGUGCCGAUCAAACCGAACCAAACGUCAUUCCAAGUCCUUCUGGUGUCUUAAUUGUGCAAAUCAUCGCCACUGAGUCUAAUCGUUAAACAAAUCCAAUCAAUGGUUGGCUAUUAGAUGUGUUGACAUACUUGAAGACCAGUUGUGCAGCUCUUUAACAAAUACUAACAGAUCAUCGAUUUCAUCUAUCAUUUGCUACUCUUAGACCUAUCACUGACUAUGUGUUUCCAUCAUUUGACGUCUCGAUCGACGCACACCACUAGACAUCAGCAAACAAGCAGUGGAUAAAAGUCCAGAACAGAGGAGACAAACUAAUAGACAUUGAGAAAGACUGCGAUGAAUGGAAAAGUUGGCAAAAGUCAAUGCAAACCAUCCUUUUCAAACAUCAUAGGCCUCAUGCCUCACAACUAUGCCCUCAAACUGUGCGCAUAUAUAACAUGCACAGUUAGCCUCAGCUUAAUACCAGUUAUAUAUGCCAAAGACGUGCAGAGCGACGAUUUGCCAUAUUUUGCAGAUCAACUCAAUAAUAUAACGGUUCCCGUCGGUAGAGAUGCCACUUUCACAUGCAUUGUCCACAACUUAAAGAAGGAAUAUAAAGUGGUUUGGUUUCACAAAGACAGGCACAUCCUAUUAGCCAUCAAUGAUGUUGUCAUUUACCGAUCCGGUCGAUUGUCUGUCAGCACUCACGCGGCAAAUACCUUUAAUCUUCAAAUACGUGAUAUCAGAGAAGAAGAUAGUGGUGAAUACAUGUGCCAAAUAAAUACCAAUCCUAUGAUGAGUCAGAGUGGGUUCCUGCAGAUUGUUGUUCCGCCUCAUUUUGUUCAUAAGUUGACGUCUUCUGAUGAAGAAGUCAGAGAAGACUCAUCAGUCAGUUUAAGAUGUAGUGCCAAUGGCUCUCCUGAACCUCAAAUCAAGUGGCGUCGUGAAGAUGAACAGCCAAUUGAUUUAUAUUCAUCUAACGGCACUAUGAAAAGUCAUAAAGAAACCGUCAUAAAUGGAGAGUUUCUCAAUAUAACGAAAGUUACUCGACUUCAUAUGGGCGCCUACAUAUGCAUCGCAAAAAACGGGAUACCACCGGCUGUAAGCAAACGCAUCUUUUUAGGAAUAAAAUUUCCGCCAUUGAUUUGGCCGCCAAACCAAUUGAUAGGAGUGUCGGUCGGCAGUAGUGUUGUCUUGGAGUGCAAUCUUGAAUCACAUCCGCAAUCAUUGACAUCAUGGAUACGACACAGCGAUCGGACUAUUAUACACUCAAAUGCCAAAUAUAAUACAUAUGUUGAGACAACAAACAGUCAUUAUAGGAGUGCAAUGAGAUUAAAAAUCAAUGAUAUAAACCCCACAGACUUUGGUACUUUCAUUUGUAUGGCUAAGAAUAUAUUGGGCGAAGUGGAGGCCAGUAUUAAGUUGUUUGAAAUCCCAAUGUCUGAGACAAACACCGAAUUACAAGCAAUUGCUGUCAAAGAAUCGAAAACUAAAAAGAAGAUUCAUUUGAAAGGCAAGAACUCUAAUGGUUUAGAAGAUAAUAAAAGAGAUUUUGACACAAACGCCAACAAUAGAGUCAUAGCUUUGACUGAGUUAUUAAACAAUGAGAUGACUUCAGAGCAAAUAACACUUGAAAAUGAAGAAAGAGUCACUCUUAAGACAGACAGCGAAAGCACCGAUACUUCAAAGGCAUUCACUAUUCAAAUCAUACCGACUCUUGUUUUUGUCGUUUUUUAUUCAAUAUUUUCGUGUUCUCCAGAAUUACUGUCACCCGAUUCACCAGAAAUAGGUCGUUCCUGUGGUAUUCGUGGCUUUUAUUGUGAAUAUGACUACCAGUGCUGUUCUCAUGUUUGCUAUAUCGACCGGUGCUCGUUUUGA